CGCCGCUGGCCGACCGCUGCCAGGUGUGCGAGGCGGUUCGCGCGAGUCUGGCCGCGGGCGGCGUGCUGGCGCAGUAUUCGCCGGUGCCGAACCACGUGCUGGUCAACCACUACCGCCCGGGCGAGGGCAUCAUGCCCCACACAGACGGCCCGGCGUACGAGCCAGCCGCCGCCAUCCUCUCCCUCGGCAGCGCCACGGUCUUUGAAUUUUGGCGGGACCACGCACACGUGGUGGGUGGCGAGCCGCCUGCGCUGGCGCUGCUGGUCCCCCCGCGGAGCCUCCUGGUCUUCACCGAGGAGGCCUACAGCGCCCACCUCCACGGCAUCGCCGACAGACGCUAUGACGAGAUCACCGCUGUUGCCAACUGGAAGGGCCCGAGCAGCUGGGCCCGGUGGGCCCCUUCGCCGUGGGCCGCGAGGCAGCUGGAGCCGGCUGCGGCCUCGGAGGUGCGCGGCCCUGCCUCGGAGGGAGCGCUGGUCGCUCACCAUCCGCCGCGUGGAGCCUGCUCCGCACGAGCUUCCGUCGGAAGACCCUCGGCCUCUGGCCUGAGCGCGCCCGGCUUCGGACUCGGACGCCCCGCAGGCCGUUGUGAGAAGCCAGGCACGAGUCUGCUCCUGCCCACAAGCAUAGUCAAGGGUCAAGGCGCUGAGAGAAGGACCGCGUUGGGUUCGGAAGGGGCUCGCCGUUCCUCAGGUCAUUCCGUGGUUGUUCCUCCAGCUCUCCUCGUUCACCCGGGCGCUCUUGGUACCAAAAAGGGGCUUCGCUCCUUAGCGUUCCUUCCGGUAGUACCUCGACUGUAGUUCGACCGCUCUCUCGGACCUCGGAGCUCGCCGCGGGCAGAA